UUGAAGAAGGAAUAAUGCUCGAAUCUCGAAUGCUGUCGCAAUAUCUAUGAAAGCGUUGGCUUGCGUGCUUCCAAAUUCUAUGUGGCAGCGACAAUGGCGGCUUUUCAAUCUCGAUCACUGCCAUAAUUCUCCGCUCAUUCAUGCAAUUCGGUGUUUUGAGUCCGCUUGUGUUGAUUAAUUCUUGAGAAAUUCGAUAUCCGUGUGAGAAGGAGAUAAAUCGAUGGAUGUCUUGAGUAUUGCUGUCAGUCCUUCAGUAUUUGGGAAUUUCCCAACUAAAAUAUCAGAUUGCUUCUCUUUCCCAGUUCGAAAGAGGAAGAAGGCUAACAACCGGAGGUUUUUGUUCGAUUCUGCGAAUCGUUUCCCUAAUCGCUUUUCACUCGAUCCUAAAAUUCAAGCAAUUCAUCUGGACGAGGUAGGUGCUGACAAGCCAGAAUCCAUAACUGGUUUAAGAUUAAAAGAUGUUGACUGGCCUUCUCCAAGUGAUGAAAUCCCAUUUUGGAAGAGGGAGUUCAACACUUGGGAUGCCAAUUCAGAGGUUCCUGUUCACAUAGAAAAAGAUUCUGAUCUUUUGCAUGCUAUUCAUGUGACUGCUGAAAUGGCACCAAUAGCAAAAGUUGGUGGUCUUGGUGAUGUUGUAACUGGGCUAGCUCGUGCAUGUUUAUUACGUGGACAUAAAGUUGAAAUUAUGCUUCCUUUCUAUGAGUGUAUCCAGAAGGGGAAUAUCCAAGAAUUAUCUCUGAUGUCUACAUAUAAUUCAUAUAACGAUGGGAACUGGAUCCAAACUAAUGCAUACCGUGGAAUAGUUUCGGGCAUUCCAGUGAUACUUAUUGAACCAAUGAACCAAUUCUUUAAGGGAGAUGAUGUAUAUAGAGGUUCAUACAAUGAGUUGGAGGCUUAUUUAUUCUUCAGCCGUGCUUGUCUUGAAUGGAUGCAGGUAACAGGAACACAACCUGAUAUCAUACAUGUCCAUGAAUGGCAGACAGGUGCACUGCCGCUCCUAUACUGGGACAUGUACCACUAUCUUUCACUUCAGAAACCAAGAAUAGUAUUGACAAUUCACAACAUGGAGCAUUAUGGGGAGUGCAGACAAGAGCAGCUUCAUAAGUGUGGUCUUGAUGGAUCUGUAUAUGCCUCUAUUGACAAGGCAAUUGAUGAUCGAACCAUUGGGCACAAUCCGGAGAGGCUGAGUUUAUUGAAAGGGGGCAUUGUGUACAGCAAUUCAGUAGUUACAGUCUCUCCUACUUACCUCAACGAAACACUUUGUUCUGGAUGGCUUGCAAGUGCUUUGAUAACAAAUCGUGACAAGUACCAUGGUAUUCUUAAUGGGAUUGAUACUGUUAUGUGGAACCCUGCUUGUGAUGUUUUCUUGCCUGCCAACUAUCAUGCUCAGAACACCUCUGGAAAGAAAGUAUGCAAGCAAUAUCUCCAAAAGGGGCUUGGUUUGGCUUUAGAAGGCAAUGCGUCCAAUAACCACUUAUCUGACAGGGUACCUUUAGUUGUUUGCAUUAGUCGAUUGGUUGCUCAAAAAGGUCUUCAUCUAAUUAGGCAUGCGAUCAAUCAUAUUGAAGAACAAGGUGGACAAAUGAUUAUUCUGGGAAAAGCUCCCGAUAGUAGGGUAGAAAGAGAAUUUGAAGCUCUAGCUAAUUUGCAUAACAAAGGCUCUACGGUUCGUAUCCUAUUGAUGUAUAGCGAGGAGCUGUCGCAUAUGUUGUAUGCUGCUGCGGAUAUGGUGGUGGUUCCUUCUAUAUAUGAGCCAUGUGGCCUUGCUCAGAUGAUUGGAAUGCGUUAUGGAUCGGUGCCGAUAGUAAGGAAAACUGGUGGCCUUGCCGACACUGUUUUUGAUAUGAGUGAUCAGUCGCAGCCUGAGAUGGCUAAUGGGUUUGUCUUUGAAGGAAUUGAUGAAGGUUCCCUAUGUCGGGCUCUAGAUCGUUCAUUUUCGUAUUACCGGGAACAACCAAUCGAGUGGGAGAAUAUCGUACAGAAAAUUAUGCAAAUCGACAACAGCUGGAACAAAACAGCAGGGAAGUACAUUGAUGUAUACAACUCGAUACGAGUGAGAUGAUGGAUGACCUUCUGAAUGCAAUAAAUCUGUAAGGAUAACAUUCCUAGUAUCAGAUACAAGUUUUUUGAUGAUACUUUAAUCUCGAAACUUGCCCCUAGUUAUGUAUGUAACAGAUAAGGAGGUCGAUCGAAUCUAAAUAUCAAUAAGGAAGUUGCAGAUCUUGAAAUAAUUGUUGCCUAAAUCAAGUGGAAACAGUCAACAAUCUCCAUGUGAAGAGAGUUAUGAAUAGAGUACACCUUGGUAUUAUCCCAUUUGAAUGUAAGAUCUAACCGACUCAAUAUAUCCUAUUCCAAAGUAAAGGUUUGUAUGAUUCAA